CGCGGCGGCGAGCCGAUCAUUUCGGUCCGACAUGUGCACGAUGGUGUUGGUCAACAGCGGCGCCCGGCAACCGCCCGCGGCCAUCGUCCGGCUCGUGGUCCACGGAACGCUGGCGUGGCUGUACUUCCACGUCAUGUGGAUGGCCGGCUCCGUGGACUGGGACUCGAUCGUGUUCCCGACCAUCAGCGAAGUGGGAAAGUUCAUGUCGUUCAUGCUUACGAUGUGGACGCUGAUCAUGCAUUUAGGAUUUUUCAUGAUAGCUACAGUAUUGGAUUUCUUUGAAUUAAUGCCACAGUCUGUCAUUAUCGGAAAAUUGGUCAACAAAAUUCGAGAGGUGAAUGACUUCUUUUUCAUGACUGUGAUGCUGCCAAUAUCUAUGUGCGUGUGUAGUGGCUUUUGGUCUGCAUGGGUAUUAUUUAACGACAUUAUUUAUCCAUCAGCUGUAAACAAUGUCAUACCUGUAUUUAUCAAUCACGUGUCACAUACAACUCCUAUUUUCGUUGUGUUUAUUGAAUUGUGUCUCUGUUACCAUGCAUCGCCGAGAGUGAAACCAGCCAUUGCCAGUCUCGUCACCGUUGAAACUAUUUACCUAUUUACGAUGAUCAUGUUGCGAAUUCAACACGGCAGAUGGGUGUACUUACUGAUCGACAUUUACGUAAACACGAUUCCAAAAUUUGUCUUUGUGUUUUCGUUCCUUAGUUACAUCAUACCUAUUAUCUUCUUGGUCAGUUGUCUCAGAUUGAAUAACUAUAUCUGGGGUUUAAAAACUAGCGGACGCGUUUCCAAAGACGUUUCUUUCCAACGUAAUAAAAAAAUUACGUGAAGAGGACCUCCUCUGCAUGUGGCCUUGCUGAAAUUUUAUGUGGGAGAAUUUUUAUAUUGUGUAUAGUAAUAUUAAUGUGUAAAAACUAAAAAUGCACAUUAUAUUAUUGUAAUAGUUUUAUUUUGACAUAAUUAGCAAAUGCCCGUCCAGACCACACAACACGAUCAUAUUAUUAUCUGCUGUCUCGAACGAGAAAUUUAAAACGUAUAAUAUACAUAACACAUUUUAUUAUGUUA